AAACCCCGCGUACGUUAGCGAGUACGAGCACCAGAACGUGGAGGGUGGUGUGGGGGCGGACAUUUCGAAGCUCAACCUCUGCCAAGUUCCAACUGCACUAAACCAACCAACCUAUCUCACAAUAAAACGCCAUUUCCGUCUUCUCGAUUUUGCCCCCAUAAUUCCCUAUAUAUCCCCCUCUUUUGUUUCGAUUCCUUCAUUUCCUUCUUCGUUUUCGUUUCCUCCUCUCGUUUUCGAUUCCCUUCGUUUUGAUUCGGUUUCUCUUCCAUGGAGUCUGCCGCUCUUCUCCGAUCCUUUCACUUUAUGAUUUUUAACCUGUGAAUUGAUGGAGGGGUUCUGGUUGCAAAGUUAAACAUCAUAACAGGACGAGAGAUGGGAUACAGGUACACUCGUAGUUCUGUUGUUGGAACUACUUCACACGUGUGCUCUUCACUUGAGAAGCCUAGUCUGCUACGCAUAUAUAAUGCUAGCUGGCCUAUUUCAAGUAAAUCAUGCAUUCAAGGAUCAACAAUUAGUGGGAAGCCCUUUGUUUCAUCAACGAAGCGGAAGGGAAUGGUUGUAUCAUCUGUGAAGACAUCUGAAGCUACAGAAACAUCUAAGUCCGAUGUUUCUUCACAUAGUGUUAUUCAAGGCUCAUUGGAGAAGAAGGCUCCACUCAGUGCUACUUUUCCUAAUGGAUUUGAGGCACUGGUACUAGAAGUCUGUGAUGAGACAGAAGUUGCUGAGCUGAAACUAAAGGUUGGAGAUUUUGAAAUGCAUCUGAAGCGGAACAUUGGAGCCACAGCAGCUCCUAUGUCCGGAAUGUCACCAAUUACACCACCACCUGUUCCAACUAAACCCAUGGUUGAAUCAGCACCUGUAGCCCCACCACCAUCACCAUCAAAGGCUCCUAGUCCAUUUACAAAUGUGCCCGUGGAGAAGUCUUCAAAGUUACUAGCAUUGGAGGCUUCUGGAUCAAGUGGAUAUGUCCUAGUAUCAUCCCCAACAGUUGGCUCAUUUAGAAGGGGCAGAACGGUGAAAGGGAAGAAGCAACCUCCUAUAUGUAAAGAGGGUGAUGUAAUAAAGGAAGGACAAGUAAUUGGAUAUUUGGAUCAGUUUGGCACUGAACUUCCUGUGAAGUCAGAUAAGGCUGGAGAAAUCUUAAAGCUCCUCUUUGAUGAUGGAGAAGCUGUUGGCUACGGAGACCCUCUAAUUGCUCUUUUACCGUCGUUUCAUGGUAUCCAGUGAGCUCUCCCCAAUCCGUGGCUAUUCCCAGAUAAUCAUUGUUGUUGGAGAGAUGUGAGGAUUGAAGUUUUUUUUUUUUUUUGGUUGUCCUGGAGUCAUGUUAUUCUUUCCAUCUUUUGCGUCUUUACCUCGACUGAAGUAGGGGACUCUAGUGUAGUAGGUGCUGUGUUCUUGAUAUUUCUUGCAGUUGAAUUGGCUGUAGAUUCGGGAACAAUUAUUUUAAGCAUUAGGUAUUGAGAAAUGGUUUGUUCUGUCA